AACUUAUUAAAUAGUUUUGAAUGGACAGUAUAGUUGAUUCGAGUUUUCUAGACAAGAUCAACGGAUGCGCGGGAGGAAAUUUUGACGACGAUGACGAGAAGGACGAUGACGAGGAAGAACGACAGAAAGAAAUGUUGGCAAUGCUAGAGCAGCAACUACCCGAUGAUCUGUUGGACGACAGCUGCACUGAUGAUGACGAAGAAGAAAUUGACUUGACCCAAGAUCAGUCUCAGAUGUCAGAGGAGGAUAAUCAAGGCUCACCAAUGCACAAUUCAGAUGCAGAAGAUAUGAGGGAUGAUGGAUACCCCGAAGGCGAGGAGAACGAUGGGUUCGAGCAUAUAAAACUCAUAAAUGGACAAGAGUUUCGGCCAACGCACGAUCUCUACCAGAUGACUCCGCAGAAGCAAAUUGUCAAUACCAGAUACGAUACAAACGAGUUGCUGGAUAUGGUCGGAGCAGCAGAUGACAAUAACGAACCUCAUAGGAGCGUCAAAAGCCCUGUUGGAGGAUCUCAGUCGCCCAAGAAAGCACUUAACAACAAUAACUACCAUUCAGUUCCAAUAGCUUUUAAUCAAGCGCCCGUUCCCUACCAACAGCCCAUGAAACCUACUAAUUUUUCCACAGUCUCAGCAAUUUCUGAGAACUUUGAAAAUGAAGUUCAUGACCAAAGAACACCUAAUAAACAAUUGGUUAAUACUUACAAUCCCACUUCUGAAUUUCGGCCGCCUCAAGCAUCAACUGCCAUUCGCGGAAAUGAGGUGACGCCGCCUCCAAAUCAACAACAUCCAGAAGCGUUCAGGAGACGAGACAUGCAGCUACAAAAUGUCAACGAGAAUCAUCCUGGGGGUUCGUACCUGUCAUCGGCAAGUAGCAAUGCCAACUCUUGGUCUUUCGAAGUGUUUGGCAAAAACCCGAACAAAUCCCCAGAGAAGCGAUCGCCUAGCGCUCAAAGUCAACCUCAAAGAAAUCAACCUCAACAGAGUGGACAGAACGAGCAUAUGCUUGAUGAAAGCUACCGAAAUUAUGAUUUUGGUAAUGGGGAUUACCCAGAGAGAGUCUUCUACAGGCCAAGGAAUUCAACAGCACAGCAUCAUUUGAGCAAUUCCAUGGAUGCCAAUAACAUCACCCCUCCACGUAGGAACCCACGGGCUACCUUCAUGGAAGCGGGGGGAGUUACAAAUGACCAGCAACUGGUACAGCUGAACAUCUUGUACGAAGCGAGAGGGAAACGAAUUGAAGAGUUACAGGCUGAGUUGGAAGCGAAGACAGCGGAUAGUGCUAAACAAAUUCGGAUCUUGCAACAUCAGCUCAGUAUUUCAGACGAAAGUGCAACUGGGCUGAAGACGUCUCUGGACACUGCAAUGGCUGGCCAAUAUGAGCUGAAGAACCAGUUGGAUCAAUUGCAGAGAACAGUUAGGAGCAGAGACAAGCAGAUUGAGUCGUUGUCCACAGCCAAGCAGGAGGCUGAACAGAAGGUACAAGUUAUGGAGCGGACAGUGGCCAGUCUGAACAGCCAGAUGGAGGAGAUGUGUAGGUCAGACAUGGUCAGCAGAUCGCGAGAGCAGCACGAGACAGCAGUCAGAUCUCUCACCCACAAACAUCAGAAUGAACUGCGCAACCUCAAUCAGCAGAUCGUGGCACUACAGGUGAGUGUGGAGCAGAAGAGUGAUGAGGUGGAUAAGUUGGCGUCUGAGUUGGCGGACGUGGAGAAGGUGCGGUCGAGUGAGAAAGUGCGACAGGCAGAUGUGGUCAACAAACUCACACAGUCACUAGAGGACAGCCAGCGACAGUGCAGAGACCUACUAAACACGAAUUCAGCAGUGGAAACAGCGAGUCUGCAGUCCCAACUGAAGCAGAUCACAAUGUCUAAGAAGAUGAGCGACCAAAUAGGGAAGAUGUUGCAAGAUGAGGUGAAUGACCUGAGGACCCAGUUGGCCCAAUACGAGGCGGUGUCCUCCCUCAAACUGGGCAUAUUCCCCUCUAUUGAGAAGGGAUUGAAGGGAGAUGGACUGGAUGAGCAGGAUAUGCACGAUGAGAGUGUACUCAAUGCCACGUCCACUAUGCCUAAUAGAGAUUCAGCUUCUGAUAGUGAAUACAUUCAGAAACUGAAGAACGAGCUGGAGAAAUGUCUGAUCAACAACUUCUCAAAGCGCAACAGAAUCGACAAACUGAACAAGGAAUUAGAAAAGUGUCAGGAGAGUCUGACUGCUGUGAAAUGGGACCAGGCCCAGGUUGAGAAAGAGAAGAGAGACUUGGAGCUGAAGAAUGCACUUCUCAUGCAGCAGAAGAGUGAAAGUGUUGGUAGUCGGAAGUCGAGUGAGAGAGAAGCGAAGUCGUCCCAGGUGGAGACGGAGAAAAUGCGAUCGGAACUGGAAAAUAUCAUUAAAUUCGAAUAUUUGGCAAAAAUUAAGGAACUGGAGGACAAAAUGUCAAACGAACAGGAGAAGUUCGAAGGCCUCUCGACUGAAAUGGUCCAAAAGUUGACGGACUACGAAAAAGAGAAGCAAGAGUCCAUUGAGAGGACGCGUAAUACGUGCCUGACGAUGCACGAAGAUGCACAGGAGAAUCUGAGGGCAGAACUGGGCAGAUACUACGAGCAAGAGAAACAGCAGAUAGUGCAGAGCUUCGAAGCCGAACUUGAAGAACUCAGGGAGAAGCUGAAAUCUACAGCUGAAGAAUGUGAUUAUGCGAAGAGUUGUUUCGUCAAAUUGAGCGAAGAGACAAAAAUGGCAGAACAGCAGAAGAAUCUGGAACGGUUUGAAACAUGUACCCAAACUGAAGACGAUGCAGUGAGUGAAUCAGCGGAAGAUGAAAAGAAGAAACUAGCCGAGGAAAUAGUUGAGUUGGAAACCAAGAUCGAGUCUCUGAAAGGCGACUGCAGAGCAGUAAGCAAAGCUAAAGAAGUGGUUGAGACUAAAUUGAAAGAACGCGAAGACAGUCACACUGAGGCACUCACUAAAUUGCAGAAAGAUUUCAACCAGGUCCAAAUUCAGCUGAAAGCGGCCAAGGAACUGCUGAGAAAAGAACGUGAGCAGAAUCAGACGCACUCGGAAUCAGUCACAAGUAGCAAAGAGGAAUACGAAGCGAUGAUAAAGAAAAAGGACGAGAUGAUUUCUCAACUAGAGACUGAGAAACAACGUCUAGAAAAACUGAACAGAGAGUUGGAGAGUAAUUUAGAAAGCGAGGCAAAGUCGCUCGAAAGUGUGUACAAAGAAAGCGCUGAUGAACUAAGGAAACUCCUCGAUGAGGAAGCCAAGAAGCGAUCAUCUUUGGAACAAGAAUGCUCAGAACUGAAAAGCAACAUUGAGGAUUUGAAUUUAGAUAUCACGAAUUGGUCCGUGAAGCAUAGAAAACUACAACGGUGUUUCGAAAAUGAGCAAAGCUCAAACACUGAGCGUGAGAAGGAACGGGAUAGACUCAAAGCGGAACUGGACAAGUACAAGAAGAAAGUGGAGUCACUUUCAACCGAGAUCGAAAUCAAAAUCAACGAGACACGAUCGGCAACUGAGCGAGAUUUCGAAGACAAGGAAGCCGAGCUAAGAAACAAUGUGACUGAACUACAGAAGAAGCUGCAAGCGGCAAGUAGAAAUGACUCUAAACUGAAAUUGGAAUUGAAAGCAUUGAAGGAACAACAGGUCUCGGAAAGCAACCAAGCUAUCUUGAUGAUGGACAAAAAAAUUGCUCAGAUUCAACAAAAACUGGAAAAUAAAUCACCCAGGGAACAAAGUCGACAAGUGUCCUGCGCAGAAAAGGCUACUCAGACGCACUCCUCGGAUGUUAGUGGAGACUCGCAAACACUGAGGGAGAAGCAAAAAACCCAAGAUGCUGCAUCAAUGGAUGAGUUCAGAACAUCGGUUAUCGACACUAUCAAAAUGAUGAAAGCCGAUGUCGUGGACUACGUGUUGACGAGGCAGGAAGAAAUCUGUUCGGUUUUAAGAGAUGAGAUGCACAAAGAUCAGCAAUUGAUGUCCCAGCAGAUGCACCAGAACUACCUCUCUUCGCUGGAACAUGUACUUGUCAACGAGCUUUUGCCGAAGGUUCAGCAGGACAUGGAAGUCACUUCAGACAUUCGCCACCUAGUGUCCACUAUGUCCGAAAACAUGAGCACAACUCCAAUGACGUCAUCUAGAUCCAGUCCCCACUCGGGAUCGAACUCGGCUGCCGAACCCACCUCUACAAAAGCUCACUCGCAGCAACUACAGCAACAGAUGAACAAUUUGCAAGAGGUAGCCCAGUUUCCAGCCCACAUGAUAGCCAAUCAGAAUGCUCCAAGGGCUAAUGAGACGAAGAUCAACAAAAAUAGUCGCCCUGUGUCUGUAGAUUUACACCCUGGCGACAGCGGAGAUAACAUGUCUUGUCACAGUCAGAGUAGUCAAAACGCGGCCAAUGGGGUUUUUGUUGCUCCGCUCGCAAUUAAUAGUCAAGCUCAAAGUAGAAAUCAACAGCAGUCUUCAAAGUCAUCAGUGCGACGGGAUCGUCCUGUCGUUAGAAAGAAAACCGCAAAAGAGCAUCUGGAUACCAGGAGGCGCAGCGAAGAGUUGAACAAUAUGGUGUUGGAGCAGCAGCAACUGCAAGCUGCUCAGCUUAACCAGACACAAGUCCCUUACGUCAAUGGACUUCUGGACACAAGUGUUACUGGAACGUCUCAUCAAAACGAAGUAUUGGCGAUGAACGAUUACACAUCAAGGUCAAAUAGUUUACCUCGUAGGCUGCACCAGUCAAACUCCAUGAUGUCCAUGAAGAAUGUAUACUCUGACAUUCAGCCUCAAACUAGUCAAAAUCAUCAAUAUCAGAGGCUGACAAGUAGAGAAGAGAACCCGGCAGUGCAUAACUAUAGUUUUACAAGCACUCCGAGGGAUCAGUAUUUUGCUACCUCUCAAACAUCCAAUCAUACAGUCAGUUAUCGGCCCAGUGGAACUACCUUCACGCCAGCCAGAGUUCCAGCAUCUACUAAUCCCUACUUGUCAGGGUCAAGUAGUGCCACUUUUGCAAGCUACCCUGCCUUCCAAGUCUAUCAUGGCUCACCCUCAAAUCACUCAGAAGUGUCUACAGAUACAUAUGCCAAUCUACCAAAAACUUUUUCGAUGUCUCGUCCUAGAGCGAGCGUAGACGUAAAUGCGCCUAGCAUAAGUUUAAGCAAAGAUGGUCCAAGUAAAAGUAGAACAUCUUCGAGUUCAAGGUUAUUGCAUAACUCGAACUCGCUGCGUUUUAGUCACAGCUCAAACUCUGGCUACUAGAAUUUUUAGUUAUUAGCAUCUAGUUGAAGUUCAAUGGAACGCAAUAUUGAUUUUUUUCAUAAGGUUUCUUUGAUCAUAAUUGUGACUUAUCAACAAAAGAAAUUGUGGCUGGUAGCAAUCAUAUUGCGGCUCUGGUCUUAGAACUUGAGAUUUUGUAAGUUUUUCUCUGCGUUGAACUGGACUUUUGCUGCGUACCUGUGUUUUUGUUUUGAACGUGACCUUUAGAUUGAUUCGUCUGUUUUUAAUGAACAUAUCUAACUCUGUAAAUAAUAGUUUCGUGUUGAUUAAUAGCUCUCUUGUGAAAUGUGUGAUUGGAUUGCAUUGAAUUCAUCAAUUGUGUACCAUAUGUAAAAAUGUUUAUGUUCUUUUUGAGUUCCAAUUAGCAAUACACAUUCUAUUUUCG